AUGAUGACAGUUUCCGUCACCCCGAACCAGAAAGUUGCUGCCGUUUUCGCCGGAGCUUUCUAUGAACUUCUCAACCGCUUUUCCGGUUUUCUCAUCCCUAGACCGAAAAUCCCAAAAUGGUACUACUGGAUCUGUCCAGACUGUCCAGUUGCUUGGACUAUUUAUGGACUGAUUGUUUCUCAGUACGGUGACAUGGAAGAUACAUCGGACGAUAAAAUGGUUACAUUGAAAACCAUUAUGGGACGUGAAAUCAUGAAAGAGAUUUACGAAAAGCUUGUUCAAUUCUCAAUCACAUUUCGUGCCAAGUAA